AUUUGCUUCAUAGAGGGGCGACGCUUAGAAUUUUUGAUACAAGCUGUGGAACUAACUACGUGAAUCCCGUUUCGUCAGUGCCUCGUGGAACUUGGUGGAACCACUUUGAAUUCCGGGGAUCUCCGAAGACUUAUGAUUGUAUAAUUUUUGAAGUGACUUCACGUCUGAGGAUGACGAAGAGACUUCGGAUCUUGACAUUUUGAGUUUUCUCCUAAUUAAAUUUUUUUUUAAUUCUUCGGCCUUCAAGACAAUUUGAAUUUACUGUCUUGGAAGACCUAGACGAGAUGGCGCAACAAAAUGAAGUUGAACAGCCAACUGGAUUGACGAAUGAAGCUUUUGAAGGUGAAAAUGGGGAACAUACAGAGAUCGACAAAAAACGAAAAUCCUCUAUACCAAAUACUAAAGCAAAUGGAAAUCGUGGAAAGCUCUCAGUCAUAUCUAUAAUAUCCACGAACAGUAUCAAGCGAGAUGAAUGGAGUGGCGGAUUGGAAUUCUUGAUGUCCUGCAUCGCGACGUCCGUGGGACUUGGGAAUAUCUGGCGAUUUCCUUUCACAGCCUACGAAAAUGGCGGUGGCGCAUUCCUCAUUCCAUAUAUUAUCGUUUUAUUACUGAUAGGCAAGCCCAUGUAUUAUCUGGAAUGCUCCUUAGGUCAGUUCAGUAGUAAAUCUUGCGUAAAAGUUUGGGCCUUAUCUCCAGCGAUGAAAGGAAUUGGAUAUGGACAACUAAUAGCGGCAUUCUGUGUAGUGACGUAUUAUUGCGUGUUAAUGGCCUUGACAUUGUUUUACCUUGCUAUGAGUUUUCAAAGAGAAUUGCCGUGGUCCUAUUGUCGAGAUGAAUGGGCUGGUUUCUGUUUUGAUGCAAAAUCUAAUACGUCAUUGUCUUCUGAUGGGAAUCAAACUAUAUCCAGUUCAGCCGAAUUGUAUUACAGACUUAUCAUCCUCAACGAAAAACAAUCGAUCGACGACGGUAUCGGAUGGCCGUCUUGGAAAUUGUCACUAUGUCUGUUUUUCAGUUGGCUCGUUGUUUUUGGUGUAUUAAGUCGCGGUGUUAAGAGCUCUGGAAAAGCUGCUUACUUUCUCGCAAUUUUUCCCUAUAUCGUAAUGAUAAUUCUACUAGUUAGGGCUGUCACAUUGCAAGGUGCUGGCAAUGGGAUUUUAUUCUUCAUUACACCCGAUUGGAACAAAUUGUGGGAACCAACUGUAUGGUACGCGGCAGUCACGCAGUGCUUCUUUUCCUUAUCAAUCUGCUUUGGCAGCCUCAUAAUGUACUCGUCGUACAAUAAUUUUGCCCACAAUGUUAGAAGGGAUGUUAUGAUCGUGACGACAUUGGAUACUUUCACAAGUCUCAUUGCUGGUUGCACUAUUUUUGGUAUUUUGGGUAAUUUGGCACACGAAAACGGAUCCAAUGAUGUAUCGAGUGUAGUACGAGGUGGCAGUGGUUUGGCAUUUAUCUCUUAUCCGGAAGCACUUUCAAGAUUUACAGUAGUGCCACAAUUAUUUUCUGUAUUAUUUUUCAUUAUGAUGUUUGUACUUGGUACCGGAAGCGCAAUGGCACUGGUCGGUGGUGUGUUCAGUGUCCUUUGUGACAAGUUUCCUAAAAUAAAACAGUGGAAAAUAAUUCUGAUUGUAAGCAUCGUUGGAUUUCUGAUCGGACAAAUUUACGUUACACCGGGUGGACAAUGGAUGCUUACAUUGGUGGAUUAUUACGCCGGCACGUUCAUUCCCCUUAUCGUCGCUGUCACUCAGUUAAUAACAGUGUUUUGGAUUUAUGGGUUGUCCAACUUCCUCAAUGAUAUAGAAUUCAUGCUAGGAUACAGACCUGGAUUAUAUUGGAGACUCUGUUGGUUUUUGAUUAAUCCAAUUCUCAUGCUGAUCAUUUUAAUUUACACUAUGGCGACGUACGUACCGCCAAAGUAUGACGGUAUGGUCUUCCCGAAUUAUGCCUAUGCAAUUGGCUGGACAAUAGUUGGCAUUGGCACAGGACAGAUGUUAUUUUGGAUAAGCGUCUCACUGGUAAAAAACAGGACGUCAUCAAUUCUCGAGACAAUCAAAAAAUCCUUCACGCCUUCACAUAAGUGGGGUCCCAAGAACAGCAAGAAGAAAAGAGAAUGGCGGCUGUUCACCGAGGAGAAAAAGUCCAAGAGCGAAGGUGGAAUAUAUAAUUUGUUGUUUAAAUAAAAAAAAAACUCUAAAUGGAUUCACUGCCUUUUUCUCUCUAGCGACAAGCGUUUUUAAAGACAGUGAUGAACUUUAGAUUUGUACUUAAUAGAUAGUCGGUACCGCGUCGUUACGUAAGAAAAUACGAAUUACUGUGAACCGCCAUUAUUCUUGUAAUCUUUCCUUGAUCUUUUUUAAUGUCAGCCAACCAUGCAAGAUAUAUUGUACAUACCAUAGAUUUGUGUAGUAUAGUCAUCAUACAUAAAUAGCAGUUUACUAGUAUAUUAUGUACUACGAAGAUUGUUAAGACACAAUGUGUUUCGGAUGUUCACGACAUCCGGAGUUAUUUGCGUACUGAGAAGACUGUAUGUGCAUUUAUACGCGUAUAAAAUCAUAAUCAUGAUAGGCCAAUACAGUAUUGUCGAGUGUUGUAUAUAAUUUUUUUCUUUAGAAUAAAUAAAAUCUAAAUUUGUAUAUCCA